GUAUUCUUGCUACUGGGGAAGACGGUAGUGGGAACACUAUGAACAUGAAUCUAAUCCGGAUGGGAUGUAUAAAAGCAUAUCCUAUCCGUGGUUACCAUGCAGAAAAAAAGCCAUAUCUUCGCAUUACUGCACCAAAUAAAGACUUAAGGUUUACCGCUCUUGAUAUUAUCUCAAAAUAUAAUUCGGAGACCGAUCAAGAAAAUAGGAUAGAAACCGCUUCAGAUGAUACAGGCACAUAUUAUCGUAAAGUUGCAAGAGAGUAUAAGAUACCACUUUCUGGCGCACCUUAUUAUGCGAAAUCCCAACAUUGCCCACAUGCAUUUUAUAUCCACAUUGAUAACUUUCGUCUCAUAGAUAAUUUCGAACCACUUUACAAAAUCUAUCCAUCUUCUUUCUUUGCCCAUGAUCGAGCACUGGUACUAACGUGGGAUAUAGAAACAUACAAUUCACGUGGAUUGGGGAACUUCCCAGAAGCGAAAAAUGACACAUCCCAGGUUUUUACAAUCUGUAUGACUCUACACUGGAAAGACGAUCCGAAACCACUAGAACAGAUAUGUCUUGUUGAUGUUGAGAUAGCACCAAACCCGGACUGGAUUACUAUUGUAUGUGGAAACCAAGCCAAUGUAUUAAAAGCUUUCGCUUUAUGCUGGAAAUCUUUUGCUCCAGACAUCCAACUCGGUUUUAAUGACUCUGGUUAUGAUUGGCCCUUCAUCGUGAAAAAGGCCACCAAGUUAAAUGUUUUCGACUGGAUGGUCCAACAAAUGUCGGCAAAUCCGUAUAAGACAGCCAAUACUCAAUCUACUCUCACUUACAAUUAUUUUG